AUGUCGAGUGAUGCAGUAAACAACAGUGAGAGCUGGAAUGCAGAGUCUCGUCUCCAUGGUAACGAGUCUACUACGCAGAUGAGACCGCCCAGCGCCAUCGAGGACCAGAUCGUUGGUCUCUACAUCAUCAUUCACCAUCAGAACCCAGACUCCCUUAUGCGCAUAUCCAAGGGCAGCCGCCCUACGAAAAGCAAUAACUUCCGUCGCCGUAACGGUCCCAACACAAAGGCCUACGUCAAUACCCUUUCGCCCGCCGGCCAAGUCAACAAAGUCUUAACAGACAUGGCAAACCUAAACGGCGGCAACCACCUCCGCAACUGGUCAGCUUCCGCGCGCAAGGAGCUAGCCCCUAACAUUACCAUCAAAGUGGAGGUUUUAGACCCCAAGGGCAACAAAGUGAACGUCAACAUGCCCAAGCUAGCCUUCUUCGCUGCUUCAUCGGCUUUCCGCCAGCACUUAGAGGCUAACCCAGAUGAUACCUGGGUCAAAUUCUGCCACAAGGACGUCUCUCUCGAUUCCAUGCGGACGAUCGCAAAGUGGUUGCGGACAAUCUGUACUGACCAGCAGUACACUGAUAUCCCCAUACCCAAGGAAGUCAAGAAGGGUUUAGAGUUGCGUCUUGCUGCGCAGGUGCUGGGUAUGACACAAUAUACGUCUCAGAUCAUCAAAGGUUACAUAUGCGGCCUCAUCUACCGUCCCGUGGAGGCAGAGGAAUUGGUCCUGGUGGCUGAGACAACGCGCAAGGAAACGGUAGAAGAUCCUAUCGUGGACGCUUUAGCCAACUACGUCGCUUACCUGUGUCGGUACCAUCUGGUCAGCAGGGAGAUAGAAGACCAAUAUCUGGCCGUUCUUGCCGGGGGCAAAUGUGCGAAGCUAUUGGAUGCCGUGGAAGACCACAAGGUUCGGGCUAUCGCGCAGAACGGAUGGAAGGCUGUAUGCCCUCGGCCACUGGCGGAGCUUUAG